ACGCUCCUCCAAUGACCAGCUAAGAACGCCCCACUGCUCCGUUUCACAUUGCGGGGGUGGGGAGCUCAGAAGUUUGGAUUAGGCCUCGGUAAAACAUGGGAUUCGAGCUGGACCGCUUCAAUGGAACAGUAGACCCGGAUUUUAAAUGUAAUUUGUGCAACAAAGUUCUGGAGGACCCGCUGACUACUCCGUGCGGUCACGUCUUCUGCUCUGGCUGCGUGGUGCCUUGGGUCGUCCAGCAGAGCAGCUGCCCCGUCAAAUGCCAACAGAUCUCCACCAAAGAGCUGAACCACGUCCUGCCGCUUAAAAACCUCAUCCUGAAGCUGGAGAUCAAAUGUGACAACCAUGCGCGGGGGUGCGAGGCAGUCGUGAAGCUGCAGCAUCUGGCCGAGCACGCCGGGAUGUGUGACUACUCUCCGGCCAAGUGCAGUAAUAAAGGAUGCAACGCGGUGCUCAGCCUGCGGGACAUGGAUGCUCACAUGCGGGAGACGUGCGACUUUCGACCGGUGGGGCUCUGCGAGAGCGGCUGCGGCUUGACGCUCACGCAGAAAGAGCAGCAAUUAAGCAACCACUGCUGCGUGAGAGCCCUGAAGGCGCACAACAGCGUGCUGCAAUACAAAAUGAUGUGCCUAGAUAGAGAGUUCAAGAAGCAGACUAUUGAAGCCAACAAGAGGGAAAAGGCACUCCUGGCACAACUUUCCGCCGCUCACAGUGAGCUGCAGAUGACAGCAGUGAAAUACCAGAAAAAAUUCAGCGAGUACAGCGAGAGGAUCGACUCUCUCACCAGAACUGUGACUUUCUCCUGCAAGGAAGGCGAGACUAAAAGUGUGACAGUUGUCCUUCUUCGUGAGGGUGGAUCUCUGGGGUUUAACAUCAUGGGAGGAAGGCCAUGCGCGGACGACAAUGACAGCACUUUGAAUGAGGGGAUCUUUGUGUCAAAAAUCAUUGAAGAUGGACCAGCCGACAACGAGGAUGGCCUUCAACUCCACGACCGGAUCAUAGAGGUUAAUGGCAAAGACCUGUCCAAAGCAACUCAUGAUCAGGCGGUGGAGGCCUUCCGUACUGCCAAGGAUCCCAUUAUGGUGCAAGUUUUGCGCCGGGCCCCGCUGCCCAAAGUGGUCACCCCGCCCAGUGACACCCAGCUGUCAGAUAUCAGCACCCAAACAGAAAUCACCCUCCAGCACAUUAUGCCCCUUGCCAAGCUGCCACCGCCUUCACCCUCCAUGACAGUGCUUGAGGAGUACCUGCUUCCAGACGAGCAUCCUCCUGGGCAUGAAUACUUUGACCCCAAUGAUUUCCUGGAUGGCAUCAAUCAGGACAUAGAACGUGAAGAGCUAGAAUAUGAGGAGGUAGAGCUGUACCGAGCCAACAUCCAAGAGAAGCUCGGCCUGACCAUCUGUUACAGGACUGACGAUGAGGAUGAAGCAGGGAUCUAUAUUAGCGAGAUCGACCCAAACAGCAUUGCUGCUAAAGAUGGCAGAAUUAGAGAAGGUGAUAAAAUUGUCCAGAUCAACGGCAUCGAGAUCCAAAACCGUGAAGAUGCAGUUAUGCUGCUGACCAGUGAAGGAAACCACAAUAUCUCUCUGCUGCUUGCCAGACCAGAGAUUCAGCUGGAUGAGGGCUGGAUGGAUGAUGAUAGGAAUGACUUCCUCGAUGACCUCCACAUGGACAUGCUGGAGCAGCAGCACCAUCAGGCAAUGCAGUUCACUGCCAGCAUGCUGCAGCAGAAGAAGCACGAGGAGGAUGGAGGAACCACUGACACGGCCACACUUCUCUCCAAUCACCACGAAAAGGACAGCGGAGUUGGUCGCACCGAUGAGAGCACGCGCAAUGAUGAAAGUUCCGAGCAGGAGAACCUUGCUGAUGACCAGACCACAUCCUCCAACACACUGAGCAGCUACAGAAAACUGACCUACAGCCAGGACACCCUCGGAAGCACCGACCUACCCUUCAGCUGCGAGUCUUUCAUCUCUGCAGACUACGCUGACACCGACUUUCUUGGUAUCCCAGCAGACGAAUGUGAGCGCUUCAGAGAACUGCUGGAGCUCAAGUGCCAAAUGAGAAAUGGAGGAAUUCAGAGCCUGUACUGCCAAGGUGGCGGGGCAGAGGGUCAAGACCAGGAGGUAGUGGACAAAGAUCUUGAGUUGCUCAAUGAGGAGCUGCGUAGCAUCGAGCUGGAGUGCUUUAAUAUCGUCCGUGCCCACAAGAUGCAGCAACUUAGAGAGCAGUGCCGUGAAUCCUGGAUGCUCCACAACAGUGGCUUCCGCAACUACAACACUAGCAUAGAUGCACGCCGCCAUGAGCUGUCAGAUAUUACAGAGAUGCCGGAAAAAUCGGACAAAGAUAGCUCCAGUGCCUACAAUACUGGGGAAAGCUGCCGCAGUACUCCUCUGACAUUGGAGCUGUCUCCAGACAACUCCCUGCGUCGUGGGGCAGAGAACCAGGGCCCAGCUGGGCCGUCCGGCUCCAACGGCAGGCUGCUCAAAUCUCUCCUGUCCCCUGUCCAGGAAGCUUGUGGCCCCAGCCGCAGCAAAGCCCUUUCAAAGGAUGCAGAUUCUCCACAGGGAGAAAGUAAGGAGAGGAAACUGGGAGAGUCCAGCAAAGCAGGGCGGAGCUUUGCUCAGCCACGUUCACCUUACAAGCACGCCCAUAUCCCCGCCCACGCCCAGCACUAUCAGAGUUACAUGCAGCUGAUCCAGCAGAAAUCCGCCGUAGAGUACGCCCAAAGCCAGAUGAGCCUGGUCAGCAUGUGCCGGGACCCCAUCACUCCCAAUGACCUGGUCCCAAAGAUGGAGUGGAAGGUGAAGAUCCGAAGCGAUGGCACCCGUUACAUCACCAAGCGGCCGGUUCGUGACAGGCUGCUGAGGGAGCGCGCCCUCCGCAUACACGAGGAGCGCAGCGGUGUGACCACAGAUGACGACGCCGUAAGCGAGCUGAAGAUGGGCCGCUACUGGAGCAAGGAAGAGCGGAAGCAACACGCGGUCCGCUCAAAGGAGCAGAGGCAACGCCGUGAGUUUAUGAAGCAAAGUCGAGCCGAUUGUCUCAAAGAGCAGGUCAGCGUGGAGGACAAAAAAGAACCCAACAUUAUCGAACUCAGCCACAAAAAGAUGAUGAAAAAGAGAAAUAAGAAAAUAUUUGACAACUGGAUGACCAUCCAGGAACUGCUGACCCAUGGUACCAAGUCACCAGAUGGUACGAAGGUUUACACCUCACUCUUGUCUGUGACCACAGUCUAAGUCCUGCUCUCAGUUCAACCAGAGAGGAGUGACUGGAGGGUGAAGAAGUGUAAAAAGGACACUAUCAGAUUUCUUCUUUGUUCAAUGUGGAAUAAUGUAAAUAAGAAAUAAGGAAAGACUUUUAUGGAAAGUUUCCACUGCUUUGGGGAAAAGAAGGCCCUUGAGUGAUGCCUUGAUUUGACUGGAUAUGGUUGUGGGGAUGAUUGUAGGAAACCUUUACCAAAUGAAUAACUUUUUCUACCUUUGUGCUUGCUCUUUUGAAUAAUAAACAUACUUUUUUAUUGGAAGUAUGAAAAAAGUGCCAUACAUAAACAGCCAGCAUUUACACUAUGUUACAUGAUUUUGUUGUUACUACAUUGUAUAUCUUUUAUCAGUAUUUUUCUGCUUUGCAUACUCUGCUUUUAUGGAAGACAAUAGUAGAAAGCAAUCCUUUUCAAAAGGACUUUUGUAAAUAAGUACAUGUUUGCUGCAACUACAUGUUUUAAAAGAAAACUGCACUUUUGGGGGGAAUUUUGCCCGUCAUCCACAAUCCUUACGUGAGACAUAAACACACGUCUUUCUCUGUAAACAUAUAAAAACAGAUCAAAAGUCGCAGCACAUUAAUGCACAUAACGGGACACACCUACUGUAUUCCUUCUGCAAUGCCUGCGAUGAAAACACCUCCAAAAACCUCCUACAAGGUUUUAUGGUUUUAUGUCCAUGCCGUGACCAUGUAGUAGCAGGUACAGUCAUGAUAACAUUUAAUACUUACAGUAUUUUGCCGUACUUAGGUUAUUUUUGUGCCGUACUUUGGCGCACUGAUUUCACAUAACCACAUAGUAAGGAACGCUAAGCCUAGCUUUAAAUUUCCAAACUCCAAAAAAAAACACAGCAGCAGCAAUGAUGGCAGCUCCGAUAUGUAGCGUUACCUUUUGGUAGUGUCCUGAGGCAUUGUGAGCGCGGUGCUGACACACUGUGAGCGAGUGUGUGGUGAAGCUAGCUGGUGUGGUGUGGCGGUGUCGCUUCAUUCCCAAUUCUUGGGCAUAGCAAUGUUAAUAACAAUAAUAAUAACAAUGUCGCUGUAGCUUGCGUAAUAUUAUACGUACUUGUGUGUAAAUGGAGCAUUGUUGGCCUUUUUUGGAGUUUCUUUGAGAAGGCUUUGUAGGCCUAAUGGGUGCGUCCCAUUACGUGCAUUCGCAUUCUUACAUAUUUACAAUGCGCAGAAAGGAGAAAGACAUGUGUUUAUGUCUCACAUAAGGACUGUGGUUGAUGGGUCAAAUUCCCCCAAAAAAUGCAGUUUUCCUUUAACUUUAUUUUCCCUUAAAUGGUGCUGAGUCCCCAAAGGUAACACCAACAGCUAUGUACCAACUGUUACAUCAUGUAGAGCUCGUCAAAGUGCAUGUGCCUACUGUAUGUUUAGGAAAAAGGCAUUUCUUUGUGUUUGUUUAAGCACACUUUAUAGUCACUUUCUCUUUCUUAGGCCUUCAUGUACUGAAGAGAAUAACAUCCUAAUAAAUCCUUAGUUAGACGCAUAAUUUGACAUCCUGGAAAAUGGCAGAAAUAAAUUAUUGUUUUAUAUAUGAUGAG